GGGCGCCGUUGUUGGGUUAAUACGUCAGUGUAUGUUCGAUCGGGUCAAUGUUUUCAGAGUGUAAUAAUAAAGUUUAUAAAGAACACAGUAUGGAGCAGAGUGACAAGAAGAGAUAUAGUGAAUUCUAUUUGCAAAAAAAUUUUUAACUACACGAGGUCACCAGGUGUAUAGAUAAUUUAAAAUUACUAUCAGUAAAAGAUAAAAUUACAUGUGGUAUAAAACGUCGACCACGUGGGCCCCACGUUUUUGAAAACAAGUGCCGAAAGUUAUUUUAAUUAUUAAUUUAUAUCACGUAACAUAAAACGAGAGAUUUUUAGACUGAUUUUAUGUGAAAUUAAAUUUUUUAUAUAUUUUUUAUUGAUAAUAUUGAUUAUUAAACCCAAGAUAAUCGCCGUAUAAUUUAUUUUAAACGUGUGAUUAUAUUUAACUCAUUGAAGUUUAUCAUUAUUUAACGUGACCUCGUUUUUUAAGAAGAAAUCAUUUUUUUAGUCGAGGUAACUUCUGCUAACAUGAAUUUAUUUAUGAUACGUCAAUAAUAAUUAAGAUAAAUUUAUGAAUAAAUAAAUCAUUUGGUUGAUAAUUAUUGUUAUUAUGAUGCUGUGACUUGAGGUAAUUGAUAAUCCUAAGGAAGAAGAUAAGAUAUUAUUUGAACAAAAGGACUGGAAUAAAUUAACUGAGUGAGUAAUUAUGGAGAACGAAGAACCAGUUCUGAAGAAACCAAGACAAUCAAUUCUAUCAAAUCAUGUUGAAAGUGUUGAACUACAGGAAAUAUUUCGCAAACACUGGUCUAACCACGUGAGUUUCAAAGCUGAUAAUUUGGAAAUAGUCGCUGAGCCAUUUCGUGUUUGCAAAAUAUCAAAUUUUAUUAAGAGCGAACAGUUCAUGGAAGAAUUGAAGAGCGAGUUAUCAGAAGUACAGAGUAAAAGAAUACUCCUGGAUUUGUAUCAACUUGAGCAGACAAGUGACCUGGGAAAUCAUUUGGUUGACAGUAUUGAAGUAUUUCAUCGUACAUUUCGCACCGACAUGGUGAGUUGGAUGGAAAAAAAUACGGAAAUUCAAUUGAACUCUACAAUAUCAAUGACUGGCUCCUGUUAUUACGACACUGAUUAUCUGCUCUGUCAUGAUGACAACAUGGGCGACCGUAAAAUAGCAUUCAUAUUUUAUCUGAUGUCAAAUUGGACCGAGUCUGACGGUGGUACUUUGGAUUUAUUUGAUACUGAUGAAAGAGGACUACCGCGAAAAAUCGUUCGUUCACUGGUGCCAGAAUAUAAUUCACUUGUUUUUUUUGAGGUUUCAAACCACUCGUACCAUCAAGUGGCUGAAAUAACAUCAAAUUUAUCAAGAUGGUCCAUAAACGGUUGGUUUCACGGUCCGAAAGUCGAAAAUUUACCACCUAGACCUCAAAUCGAAUACAAAUGGUUAAUCCCAAUAGAUAAUGACCAAGACUUGACUGCUUGGAUCACUGAUACUUAUUUGUGUCCUGGUAUCGUUGCUGGUAUAAAAGAAGACGUUGAGAAACAAUCGUACGCUUAUAUUGCGCAAUUUUUAAAAGCUGAAGUUUAUGAAAAAUUGUCUAAAGAAAUAGCUGACGAUUCAAUCAAGUGGAAGAAACUUGGACCGGCAAACUUGCGCAAUUAUGAAGUUGCUGAUGAAACAAGUUUACCAGGAACAUUGAAAAAAUUAUAUAAAUUAUUCCGUUCGCUGUCGUUCUUUCAGUUACUGAAAAAUUAUACUGAAUUGGAUUUAAUGCCUGAUGGGGAAAAUAUGAAACCGAGAAUGACUAUUGAACUACAGCGAUGGUCUAAAGGCUGCUACACACUUAUCUGUGAUAAUUAUUGUGAUGAAGAUGUAGACGAAGAACAAAUAAAUGGUGCCGGUGUUGAGACUGCUGAUGGGGACGGCGAUGAUGCUGAUGGAGUUGCUGGUGAUGAAGAUACAGCUGAUGAAAAUCAUGAGAAUGAUGAAGCUGAUGAUGACAAAACCAACGUCAAUAGUAGUCGAGGCGAUGACAAAUUACAAAGACAAUGUAAUUUUUUUAAAAUAAUGAAAAUUGAUCGCGGUACCAAGACAAAGAAUGAUAAAAAAGACAACAAGUUGAUCAGCGACGAUAACGAUGCUGAUAAUGAAAACGACGAUGAUGGUUUUGACGAUGACAAAGUGCUGCGCAGUAUUUUGAAGUAUAAAAAGCCUAAGGUUGACAAGCAAGAUGAGUCUGAAGAAGCGUCCUGCUCAAAGUCUGAAGACUUUUCCAAAAGAAGCCCACCGCUGCAUCCUGAUUCCGAGGAUCCCGAUGUCUCAGACAUCGGGGAUUAUCUUUCUGGAUCUUCACGAUGCUCUGAUGACAAUGAAGACAAUGGAGAUGAAAUAGACGAUUACGAUGACAGUAAUAUUGAACCGGGAACAUUGGAUGUUAUCAUGCAGUUCAAUACCAUGCAUCUGUCGGAAUCAGAGACCAUUGAUUACUUGGAUCCUAAGGAACAAGACAGCGCUCUUAUUCAUAUCGCUCCUCAAGACAAUCAUCUCUGCUUAGUUUACAAAGAAUUAAGUACCUGCAGACUCCAUAAAUAUGUCAAUCACUACUUCGAGGGAUAUUAUUACAACCUUAUUUGCACGUACCGUGAAUAAAAUUGUGUAUAUGGGAAUAAACAAUAAACGGAGUAAGAUGAAGAAAAAUUUAUAUCACAUCAAAUCCAAUUAAUAAUAAUAUAUAAUAAAUAAAUAAAUAUAUAAAUCCACUAAAUAUAAAUGUGUAAUAUAGUUUACCAGUAGUAAGGGAAUUAAUACUGAAAAUUAUUGAAAAAAAAAAUAGAAUCAUCAUAAUAAUGACUGUCAUGUAAUUAAGAAUAAAAUUACUGAUGAAUUUUAUACAAUCAGGUUCAAUCAAAAUUUUUUUUAUAAAUUAAAAUUCUUAGGAUUUAAUCCUUCGUAAUUGCAUGUAAUAUAGUAUUUGUAUUAAUAAAAUUAUCAGUAUUGAUGUCAA